CCAAACGCUGUGGUACGUUACACGGGGAUGAUUCAAACGUGUUUCCAUCUCCUUUGUUAAAAUAAUUGACUCUUUAAGAAGCAAAUCAACUGAGCGACAAGUAAUAUAGUGGGCACACUUCGAUACCCGGCCAGCAAGAUCCACCGUGUGAUUUGAAAUAAUUUACUUUCAGUUUUCCCAAAAGGAAGUUAGCGCAAAUUAGACUGUGUGAUCAUGGAGGCCAGAGGUGAUGAUGAGGUUGCAGAUGGCCAAAAUACUGAAACUAAUGCUAAUGCCUCUCCCUGCGAAUCCAGAGAUGAGAGGUCCAAUGUGUCUCCAGAGAACAUGGAUGUGGAUGAAGAUGGUUUGUUCAAACACUCCACUACUCUGACCAACAAACAGCGUGGGAAUGAGGUUACAGUACGCCCAGCAACAUUAGACUCUCUGUCCAUACACCAGCUGGCAGCUCAAGGCGAGGUUUCACAAGUGGCUGCCCACCUGAGUAAAGACAGUUCACUGCUCAGCAAACAGGAUGAACGGGGCUUUACGCCUCUCAUGUGGGCAGCAGCGUUUGGAGAGAAAGCAGUGGUGGAUUUUCUCUUGGAAAAGGGUGCAGACCCCAAAACAAUCGCGAGGGAGCGAGAGAGUGCCCUGACACUGGCUAGCUCUGGAGGUUAUGUGGACAUUGUUGAGUCUCUUCUCAGACAUGGAGUCGACAUUAACACUUACGACUGGAAUGGUGGAACUCCUCUUCUUUACGCUGUGCGAGGAAACCACAUCAAAUGUGUAGAGGCACUUUUAGCCAAAGGAGCAGACAUGACCAUUGAGUCUGACUCUGGAUACAGCCCAAUGGCUUUAGCUGUUGCCCUUGGACACAAAAAGAUUCAGAAAGUGUUGGAGGACCAUAUUCUGAAACUCUACAAGCCAACGCCAACACCAACAUGACACUAGUUAAAUAAAUGGAAGGGGCAGUCUGACACAGUUGAUCUCUGAUCUAUGUCCACUUGUCAUUGGUGGUCAGAUGACUAAGACCUCUGUCACAAUUACAAGUUAUUGUAAUAGAUCAAUACACAUGCACUUUUACGCUGAGGAAACUGCAUCUUUUCAUUCCAUUUGUGUGCAUUACCCUGUAUGCAGCAGAAUCAUUUUGUUUUGGCUGGAGGAACAGCAAGAAAAGGAUUGUAAACAAGUUUUAAUAAAAAAUUAUUUUUA